AUGUUGCUGGAUAUGAAAGCUUCAGGAGGAGAGUUGGGCUGGUUGACGUCGCCAUAUGAGAACGGAUGGGAGAUAGUCCAGACGGUGGUGAACGGCACCCUUUUCUAUACCUACAGUGUCUGUAGCAUAGACUCUACUGAACAGGAUAACUGGGUACGAACAACAUUCAUUCAGCGGCGCCCUGGGAUAACACGGGUCUCUGUGGAGCUCCGUUUUGUCGUGAGAGACUGCAACACCUUUGGUGGCGCUUCUGUGUCCUGCAAAGAAACCUUCAACCUUUUCAUCUCAGAGGCAGAUGCCGAUGUGGGAACCAAUUUCCGUAAAGGGCAGUUCCGCAAAGUGGCCACCAUCGCUCCUGAUGAGGUCACACGGGGCCGUGUGCUGAAAGUCAACACCGAGACAAGAACUGUGGGGCCUUUGUCAAGAAAAGGCUUCUACCUGGCUUUUCAGGACAUGGGCGCUUGUGUGGCGCUGCUGUCAGUCAGAGUGUACUACAAGACAUGCCCGUCCACAGUGCAGAGCUUGGCGGCCUUCCCAGAGACAGUGGCGGAUGCUCUCAGAGAGGUGGAGGGAGCCUGUGUAGAGAAUGCUGUCAGUCAGGCCACCCCACGCAUUUACUGCACAGCUGAUGGUGAAUGGGUGGUGCCCGUAGGCCAGUGCCAGUGUCUCGAAGGCUACGAAACCACCGGGGACUCUUGCCAAGCGUGUAAACCAGGCUACUUCAAGACAUCUGUAUCGACCGAGUUAUGUCAGGUUUGUCCUGACAACACCAAGCCCUCAGCAGCUGGUGCCACUGAAUGUCACUGCGAGGAGGGUUUCUUCCGCUCCCCAUCAGACCCUCCUACAUCAGCUUGCUCUGCUCCACCCAGUGCCCCUCGUGACCUGACCUCCAACACCCUGUCAGCAGAGGGCAGGUUGCAGUUGUCCUGGAAUCCACCACUGGUGACCGGGGGCCGCAGCGACCUUACCUAUAGUGUGGUGUGUGAGCUCUGCGACGGGGCCUCUUGUGUCCCCUGUGGUGAGAAGAUUCGGUUCGAGCCAGGUCCCACAGACCUGCAGGACACCACUGUCGUAGUCGGUGACCUGGAUUCUCAUCUCAACUACACAUUCACUGUGGAGGCACACAGUGGCGUGUCCCAGUACAACACUGAGAUGCCCACCGCUACCAUCACCACUGCUCUGGACUAUACUGAUCCCCCUAAGGUGACGUUUAUCCAGCUGGAAGAGCGCAGCCCCACCAGUCUGUCUCUGUCCUGGGCUGUGUCUCGCAGACCUCCGGCCCACAUCAAUCAUCGCUAUGAGCUUAUGUACCGCAAAAAACGCGAUGUGACCACCUACACAGUCCUGAUUUUGGAGAAAAGCUCAGUCCAGAUUAAUGACCUCAUGCCAGGCACUACUUAUACUUUCAGGGUCCAGGCACUGAGUCCUGAAGGCAACCCUGGCAGCUACAGCACGGAGUACGAGUUUCAAACAUUACCUUUAGGUACAAACAGCCUCAUGGUGAUGGGAGCUGUCGCUGGAGUUGCGGUUAUUCUGCUCGUCGUGGUGGCCGUCCUGCUGCUGCGUAAACGGAGACUGAACUCCCGUGGCAGAGGACCUGAGGAUCCCUACUUUUCAACAGAUCAGCUGAAGCCUCUUAAGACUUAUGUUGAUCCACACAUGUAUGAGGACCCUAAUAUUGCCAUCCAGAAGUUUGUCACAGAAAUUGACUCCAGUGCAAUCAGCAAACAAAAAGUCAUCGGUGUCGGAGAGUUUGGGGAAGUGUUUUGGGGCGUGAUGAAGACUCCCGGGAGAGGAGAUGUGGCUGUCGCGAUCAAGACCUUGAAGCCGGGCUACUCCGAGAAGCAGAGGCAGGAUUUCUUGAGUGAGGCCAGCAUUAUGGGGCAGUUCUCGCACCCAAAUAUCAUCCGACUGGAGGGAGUCGUCACCAAAUUCAAGCAUACCAUGAUAGUGACAGAAUACAUGGAGAACGGAGCUCUCGACACAUAUCUGAAGGACCAUGACGGAGAGAUUCCGUUGUACCAGCUCGUGGGAAUGAUGCAUGGAAUAGCUGCCGGUAUGAAAUACCUCUCAGACAUGAACUACGUCCACCGUGACCUGGCAGCGAGGAACGUUUUGGUGAACAGCAACGUGGAGUGUAAGGUGUCUGAUUUUGGCCUGUCACGUGUGCUGGAGGAUGAUGCUGAGGGCACCUACACAACCAGAGGAGGUAAAAUCCCCAUCCGCUGGACUGCCCCUGAGGCCAUCGCAUACAGGAAGUUCACUUCGGCCAGCGACGUGUGGAGCUUCGGCAUCGUCAUGUGGGAAGUCAUGGCGUUUGGAGAACGACCCUACUGGGACAUGAGCAACCAUGAGGUCAUGAAGGCGAUCAACGAGGCCUUCAGGCUUCCUGCUCCAAUGGACUGUCCGUCUGCUAUCUACCAGCUCAUGCUCCAGUGUUGGCAGCACGACCGCUCCACACGACCUCGCUUCACAGACAUCGUCAACAUUCUGGACAAACUGCUCCGAAGCCCAGAGUCAUUAAAAACAAUCGCUGACUUCGAUCCACGCGUGUCCAUCCGUCUGCCCAGCACCAGCGGCUGUGACGGCACCAUGUUCAGGUCGGUGCCUGAGUGGCUGGAGUCCAUCAAAAUGAGCCAGUACAACGAAAGCUUCGCUCGCGCAGGGAUCACGACCAUGGAGCAAGUGCUCGCCUUGAGGCAUGAGGACAUCAGGAAUAUUGGAGUGCGGUUGCCCGGUCACAUGAAGAGGAUAGCCUACAGCAUCCUGGGGCUGAAAGAUGAGACCACCUCGCUCAGCGUGUUUGCUGUGUGAUCCCAGCAUUCCUUUGAAUCAAAGUGCACUGACCGACCAUGCCAUUUCACUCAUGGACGAGGACGACUGAAGUGUGUGGGGUGAAACUGAUCUACACUGCAGUUUUAUUUUUCUGUGACUGAAGAGGACCCUCCAAGCUACUCAGACAGGACUGAGAUCUAAAACACUUAUGUACUUUAUAACAGAAGAGGAAUAAUUAGGCAUCAUGUAAAAAAAUGUAUAUGUUGAACAUAAACAGGUUAUGUGAUGUAGGAAAUAUAAAAUAAUUAUGUAAAGUAAGAUGUGAGGCAUUAUGAGAGUGCUUGGAUUUGUAUUGACUGAAUGACUGAAAUAUUUAAGGCUCCUUAUGAUUAAGGACUUCUGACAAGCACUCACUUUUUCCUGCCAGCGUUUCUGGAUCCUUAAAAUAGUUUGUUUUUCUAAACUUUUGUGAUCAGCGAGACUCUUUUGAAUUUGGAAUAGUUAUUCCACUCAGGGCAUAAAAAAAUAAAUAAAUCACACAUUCUUAUGUUUUUUAGUUAAGUCUCUGGAUCACAUGAUGCAUUUUCCUCAAGCCAGUUUGUUUGUUUACAUCAUGUCUUAAUACAACUGUCCAUUUGUAUUUAAUAUUUAUUGUAUUUUAUAUUUAUGUCACUUGUUACAUGAGAAAUGACUCUG